CGAGAGAGAAAGAGAAGAGAAGAGAAGAGAAGAGAAGAGAGAGAUGGGUAUGGUGAUGAUUGCGGUGGGUAUUUUGUUAAUAAUGGCGGUGUUGAUGACUCAAGAGAGCAUGGCUUCAGAGAAUUAUGGAGAAGCAUUAACAAAGAGCAUUUUGUUCUUUGAAGGGCAGAGAUCAGGGAAGCUACCAUCAAACCAAAGGAUAACUUGGAGGAAAGAUUCUGCUCUCAGAGAUGGCUUUCAGAUUCCUCACACUCUCUCCCCAGAUCAUUUCCUUAAUACAAAAGUGGACCUAGUAGGAGGAUACUACGAUGCAGGAGACAACGUUAAGUUCAACUUCCCAAUGGCAUUUUCAACAACAAUGUUGGCGUGGAGUGUGAUAGAGUUUGGGAAAUUCAUGGGAAGAUCAGAUCUAAAAUAUGCACUCGACGCUGUUCGUUGGGGCACAGACUAUCUGAUGAAAGCCACGGGCGUUCCUGGGUAUGUGUUCGCGGUGGUUGGUGACCCUAAUGCUGACCAUAGUUGCUGGGAGAGACCUGAAGAUAUGGACACUUCAAGAAGAGCAUUUGCUGUGGGUAAAAACUUCCCUGGAAGUGAAGUUUCUGGGGAGAUUUCUGCUGCACUUGCUGCUUCUUCCAUUGUGUUUAAAAAGCAUAAUCUUGGCUAUUCUUCAAGGCUUCUCAAUAGGGCUAGAAUGGUUUUUGAGUUUGCUGAUAAGUACAGAGGAUCAUAUAAUGACAGCCUUGGACCUUGGGUUUGCCCUUUUUAUUGUAAUCUUGGUGGCUACCAGGAUGAAUUGGUGUGGGGAGCAGCAUGGCUGUUCAAGGCUACUAAACUCCCUAAAUAUUGGAAUUAUGUCAACAAAAACAUUCACAGCCUGAACAACUUUGGUGAAUUUGGAUGGGACACAAAGGAUGCUGGCAUUAAUGUUCUUAUUUCUAAGUUUGUGAUAAAUAGUCCAUCUGCUAAUAAGCCUUUCAUUCCCAAUGCAAACAAGUUUGUAUGUGCUGUGCUUCCUGAGUCACCUACAGCCUCUGUCUCAUACUCUCCAGGUGGGAUUUUGUUCAAGGGUAGAGGGAGUAACAUGCAGCAUGCAACUUCAUACUCUUUUCUUUUUCUGGUUUAUGCUUCCUACUUGAAUGAAUCAAAUUCACAAAUCAACUGCGGCGGUGAUGUCGUUGCUUCUCCGAAAAGACUUGUCCAAUUUGCAAGAGGCCAGGUGGACUACAUACUUGGAAACAACCCAUUGAAGAUGUCAUAUAUGGUGCUGUGGUUGGAGGACCUGAUCUUAGAGAUUCUUACUCUGAUUCUCGAGUUGACUUUACUCGCUCUGAACCUACCACUUACAUUAAUGCUCCUCUUGUGGGUGCUUUGGCUUACUUCAACUCACAUUCAUCAUCCUAGCUAUAAUAUUUUCUAUGAUUCAUUAUUCAUUUUAGUCAUAUAUGGAAGAAUAUAUGUGUGUAUAUGCAUAGAGAAAGAGAGAGGGGGGGGGUUGAUGAAGUUAUUGAAGCAUCACCCAUACGUAUGAUCUCAUUCAUUUGUAUUGACCCUUGUACGUAAUGUUAUGUAAAGCAAGUAUGUGUAUGUUUGUAUGUAUGUAUGAUAC